GCGCUCCUCCCGGAAGUUGCUGGCCGGGCUCCGCGCGUCUCUGGUUGUGCUGAGGGGUGGGCUCCGGGAGAGAGGACCCCGAGGGGAGAGAGCGACGUUCACCAGCGCGGCGCCGAGCGAGACCCGGUGACCAUGGCGGGGCCGCAGCCUCUGGCGCUGCAGCUGGAACAGUUGUUGAACCCGCGACCGCGCGAGGCGGAUCCUGAGGCCGACCCGGAGGAGGCCACUGCUGCCAGAGUGAUUGACAGGUUUGAUGAAGGGGAAGAUGGAGAAGGUGAUUUCCUGGCGGUGGGCAGCAUUAGAAAGCUGGCAUCAGCCUCCCUCUUGGACACAGACAAGAGGUAUUCUGGCAAGACCACCUCUAGAAAAGCUUGGAAAGAGGACCACUGGGAGCAGACCCUGCCAGGGUCAUCCGAUGAAGAAAUAUCUGAUGAAGAAGGGUCUGGAGAUGGAGAUUCAGAGAGGCUGGGUCUGGAGGAUUCUGACGAGGAUGCUAUGAGUGCUGAGGAACAGGAGUGCAGUGACGAUGGGGACAGUGGUCUGGCCUGGAAGAAGAGGAGAAGCUGCUCCAGGAAAGCAUCUGGCUUCAGUGUCCAGAGCAUCAGUGACUUUGAAAAAUUUACUGAAGGAAUGGACGACCUGGGCAGCAGUGAGGAGGAGGAAGACGAAGAGCAGGAGAGUGGUAUGGAAGAAGGGGAUGCUGAGGAAGACUUUGAAGGUGAGAGUGAGGAAGACAAGGCUGAAGACAGGAACAGUGAGGACGAUGGGGUGGUGAUGACCUUCUCCGGUGUCAAGGUUUCCGAGGAAGUGGAGAAAGGCCGAGCUGUGAAGAACCAGAUAGCACUGUGGGACCAGCUCUUGGAAGGAAGGAUCAAACUACAGAAAGCUCUGCUGACCACCAAUCAGCUUCCUCAACCAGAUGUUUUCCCUAUUUUCAAGGACAAAGGUGGCCCGGAAUUUGCCAGCGCCCUAAAAAACAGUCACAAGGCACUUAAAGCACUGUUGAGGUCGUUGGUGGAUCUUCAGGAAGAGUUGCUUUUCCAGUACCCAGACACUAGAUACCUGGUAGAGGGGACAAAGCCCAGAGCAGACAGUGAGGAGGAGAUUCCCAGCGAGGACGAGGAGCUCGUGGAAGAGAAGAAGCAGCAGCAAAGGAGGGCCCCAGCAAAGAGGAAGCUGGAGACCGAGGACUACCCCAGCUUCAUGGCGAAGCGCUUUGCCGACUUCACCGUCUACAGGAACCGCACACUCCAGAAGUGGCACGAUAAGACGAAGCUGGCUUCUGGAAAACUGGGGAAGGGUUUUGGUGCCUUUGAACGCUCAAUCUUGACUCAGAUUGAUCAUAUUCUGAUGGACAAGGAAAGAUUACUUCGAAGGACACAGACCAAACGCUCUGUCUACCGAGUUCUUGGCAAACCUGAACCGGCAGCACAGCCUGUCCCGGAGAAUUUGCCAGGACAGCCGGAGAUCCUUCCUCAAGCCCCUGCCAAUGCCCACCUGAAGGACUUGGAUGAAGAAAUCUUUGAUGAUGAUGACUUUUACCACCAGCUCCUUCGAGAACUCAUAGAACGGAAGACCAGCUCCUUGGAUCCCAAUGAUCAGGUGGCCAUGGGAAGGCAGUGGCUCGCAAUCCAGAAGUUACGAAGUAAAAUCCACAAGAAAGUAGAUAGGAAAGCCAGCAAAGGAAGGAAACUUCGGUUUCACGUCCUUAGCAAGCUACUGAGCUUCAUGGCGCCUAUUGACCAUACCACAAUGAAUGAUGAUGCCAGGUAACCAUUUGUCAUUGGCAUCAUAGCAAGGAUCCUUGUCACAUCUCUUCACUCCCGUAAUUACUGUAGAACCAAAACAAAAUUUCCAUAAAUCUCAAUGCUGCCUCUGGUGGUUUUUUGUUUGUUUUUGCUGUUUUGUUUUGUUUUGUUUUUGACGUUAGCAGCCAUCUGCCUAGGACAUCUGAGCUCUUCACCAGACAGAUGGGUUAGGACAGCACAUGCACUUGCUUUAUGUGUUUGGGGGUUUUAUGCAUAUACUCUCCCUUUUAAAAUAGCUCUAGAGAUGUGCAUUAUGUUGUGUUUGUUCAGGCUGCUGUUGAGGAUGUUUUUUUUUUUGAGUAUUUUUACAAAAGAAGUACAUGCUUAUUUUACAAAGCUGAAACUGAAAAUGUGUAUAGAAAAAAAUGUAUACUCAUAAUAUUAUAGUUCAGAGAUAACUGUUUGAAAAAAUAU